UGAAAUAGUUGUGAGAGAGUGCUCUCAAACUAUCCCGAUCUCUCUCUGUGAAUCUCUGAGUUUCUCUUCGACAACAAUGGCGACUCCGACCCAUUUGCUUAAGGAUGAGCUCGACAUUGUGAUCCCUACCAUACGAAACCUCGACUUCCUCGAGAUGUGGAGGCCGUUCCUCCAGCCCUACCACUUGAUCAUUGUCCAGGACGGCGACCCCACCAAGACCAUCAAGGUCCCCGAGGGCUUUGACUAUGAACUCUACAACCGUAACGACAUUAACAGAAUGCUUGGCCCUCGCUCCAAUUGCAUUUCCUUUAAGGACUCCGCUUGCCGUUGCUUCGGUUACAUGGUCUCCAAGAAGAAGUACAUCUUCACCAUUGACGAUGAUUGCUUUGUUGCACAAGACCCAUCUGGCAAACUAGUGAAUGCACUGGAGCAGCACAUCAAGAACCUUCUUUGCCCAUCCACCCCAUUUUUCUUCAACACCCUCUAUGACCCUUUCAGAGAGGGUGCGGAUUUCGUCCGUGGAUACCCUUUCAGUCUCCGUGAGGGUGUCCCAACUGCUGUUUCUCAUGGUCUUUGGCUCAAUAUCCCCGAUUAUGAUGCACCUACUCAGCUUGUGAAGCCUCUUGAGAGGAACACCAGGUAUGUGGAUGCUGUUCUGACAAUUCCAAAAGGCACCCUGUUCCCCAUGUGUGGUAUGAAUUUGGCUUUCGACCGUGAUCUCAUUGGCCCUGCAAUGUACUUCGGACUCAUGGGUGAUGGCCAGCCAAUUGGACGUUACGAUGAUAUGUGGGCUGGCUGGUGUAUCAAGGUGAUCUGUGACCAUUUGGGGCUGGGAGUGAAGACAGGUCUGCCUUAUAUCUAUCACAGCAAGGCAAGUAACCCAUUUGUGAACCUGAGGAAGGAAUACAAAGGCAUCUUCUGGCAGGAAGAGAUCAUCCCUUUCUUCCAGGCCGCUGUUCUCCCCAAGGACUGCACCACUGUGCAAGCCUGCUACAUCGAACUGUCCAAACAGGUGAAGGACAAGCUCGGCAAGGUAGAUCCCUACUUUGACAAGCUGGCCGAUGCCAUGGUCACAUGGAUUGAAGCUUGGGAUGAGCUCAACCCAAGCGGACCUGGUGCUAAAAUAGCAAAAUAAGUUUUUGUUUUAACAUAAACUGAAAAAUGAUUGAACUGCUAUUGCUCUUAUAUUACUGUACUUGGCAUUGUCAUUAGUUUAGUCACUGUAUCUUUUAUCCUCCUGAGCCAUUUUGGUCAGGGCUUGAAUUUUCGGCAGAUGUAACUUUAUUUAUUAACUUCGUCCAAUGAGGAUAGUGCAAUAAAAAAUAUAUGUAGCUGGUUUAGCAUUUCAUUCUACA